AUGACAAGUUUCCACAAGUGGUUAGAUUAUCUCUUGAGUCAGGAGACAAGGGCCUGCCGGACAGACGAAAUCCCGGAAGACGCUGGGAAGGGGAGAAUCUGCGACUACAGGGGGAAGACCCGGGACUUUAACCGAGGAGGGGUAGACGACCGCUGGGCAAACAUAUUGGGCCCGGGUAAUCUCAUGUUCCCAAAUACUAGUAAAGCAGCCGAAAUAGUUUGCAGGGGUCUGGAGAAAUGGGCAGCUAGCUUGAUAGAAUGCGACAACAACCCCCUAUGGGGAGACGCCAAAUGUGACAGAAGAAGCUUAGGUCUAAGGGGGACUCUGAGAGGUAACAUAAAGUGCCAGUGGAACCCGCAACACACCAGAUGGGAGCAGAUGACUAAGGAUGCUGUGUUAACAUCUUCUAGGCCAGAGAACCGUAGCCUGAUGAUAUGCAUGGAUAUGGUCUCAAUAAUCUGGGGAGUCUUUAGGAACAGUGAGAGGAAGGGGGGAGUUAUGACAUAUGGAGGCGAAAACUUAUGUCAGGCAAUGUACAGCAGAUUUAAGGAGUGGGGGAAUAAGGACAUAGCAGAAGAGCUAAUGAAGUUCUGGUUUCCAGAGGGGGGCUCCGGAAUAAAAAUCGGAGGGAGAGAAUACCAAAGAGGAGAGCACGCAGGGGGACAGUGGAGUAAGGCUCUCUAUCUGCCAGGAAAUAGGAUCACAAGCUUGCAGUGCUAUAGGACAGGCCAAGGAAAAGAAGACAAGUACGACUCCAGCUGCUACUGGACAUUCGAAGCUGAAAAUUGCGAAGCCGACGAUGAUACUACGUGGGGACGGUUUAGACAAUUCCGACACCAGCUCGUCCCGACACCGGAAGCCACCAACAACAAGCCAAAUCGUAACCAAGGAUCCCCCCCCCCAGCAAAACAGGACCCACCCAAACCUCAACAAGGAGGCAAAAAGAUAAAAUUUCCCCAGGGAACCACAGGCAAAGCUGGCCAAGGAGGGAAAACCAAACCCGACUGGAGGGAACUGAUAGGAACAGGAUCCAGAUAA